GAGUUCCAACCUAACCUAUUGAAACACAAAAGUACGCGCUCAGUUGCACGAUUUCAUGCGACUUGAAGUAACUUUUGGAGCGCCAUCAAGAAUUGGAAAGACAAUAUUGUUAGGUUUUUGAAAAGCGAAAAUGAAGGACAAUAUCCUAAAAUGUUUUCUUUUUCUAAUAAUGUGUUUUACGCUUAAUACUUCUGCGGUUUUUAUCAACGUUUAUCCGAAACUGAAAAGCUUUCCUCUUGCUCGAGAUGCGGAUGUGGGUGAGCCUCUUAUUCUGACGCCUUUAAUUGAAACUGGAAAAAUUGAUGAAGCUAGAAAGAAAGCCGCAGUUACGCAUAAAGAAAUGCAAGGAAUCAGCAGCUAUUCCGGUUAUUUCACGGUUAAUAAAGCCUUUGGAUCGAACAUGUUCUUCUGGUUCUUCCCGGCACAGGUCGAUCCGAAAAACGCUCCAGUCGUGCUCUGGCUGCAGGGUGGUCCAGGCGCCAGUUCAAUGUUCGGUCUGUUCAUGGAGAACGGACCGUUCCAGGUGAGGCAAAAUAAAACCCUGAAAAUGCGCAAAUACUCGUGGAAUAUCGCGCACAACCUCCUCUACAUAGACAAUCCCGUAGGGACCGGUUUCAGUUUUACGAACGACGACCAAGGCUAUGCCGUCAACGAGACGGACGUCGGCCGCGACGUUUACACCGCGUUAAUUCAAUUUUUCCGCCUAUUUCCGGAACUCGAGAGCAACGAGUUUUUCGUGACCGGCGAAUCGUACGCCGGAAAGUACGUGCCGGCCGUCUCGCACGCGAUCAAAGACUUCAACAUCAAGGCCAAACUGAAGAUCAAUCUGAAAGGUUUGGCGAUCGGCAACGGCCUGACCGAUCCGGCCAAUCAGCUCGUCUAUGGCGACUAUUUGUAUCAACUCGGCCUCGUCGAUCUCAACGGAAGAGACGCCUUCCACGCCUACGAGAAGAAGGGCCGUGAUCUCAUCCGGCAAGCCAAGUUUGAGGAAGCUGCUGAUGUUUUUGACGACUUGCUCAACAACGACUUCCACGCGAGACCCUCCCUUUUCUCGAACUUGACGGGUUUCAAUUUUUACUUCAACUAUCUGCGCACCUCGGAUUCCGACGAGGAGAACUGGAUGUCCGAGUGGAUCCAAGCGGAAGAGACGAGACGGGCGAUUCACGUGGGGAAUUGCACUUUUCAGACGGAAAAUAAAAAGGUGGAGGCGCAUCUGAAAGGGGACAUUAUGCAGUCCCUGGCAGUCUUGGUGGCGGAUCUUGCUAAUGAUUAUAAAGUGCUGAUUUACAAUGGCCAGCUCGACAUUAUUGUGGCGUAUCCUUUGACGGAAAAUUAUUUGCAAAAUUUGAAGUGGUCGGGGGCGGAAAAGUACAAGAGGGCCGAGAGGAAGAUAUGGCGAGUGGGGAAUGAGAUUGCGGGAUACACGAAGAGUGUGGAUAAUUUGACGGAAGCUCUGGUGCGGAAUGCGGGGCAUAUGGUUCCGGGCGAUCAGCCGAAGUGGGCUCUUGACUUGAUCACUCGAUUCACUCACGGAAAACCAUUUUAAAAAGCUUUUUUACCGUCUUUUUUUAGUGUCACGAAUUUUUCGGCAUUUUUCUAAUUAAGGAGAUAGGAAUAGGGUUGUUGCCCAUAAAAUAUUUUUUACAUAUUGUUUACUAUUUUUAAUUUAAUUUUGAAAUAUGAAUUUUCUAUCACGAUAUCGAUUGGAGGGCGCCCCUUUGACGUCAAAGAGGUCGGAUUUUCCACCAAUCACAGCUCACGUGUCAGUGAUUCUCAAAUAUCUUUUUCCGUGCCGAUGUUUUCUUUUCGUUAUGUGCACAUCGAAAAUUGAAAUCGCAAAAUAUUGUUUAAAAAACAUUAUAAACAUGGGAAAAAGAUUUAAAACCAAAAAUUUUGUAUAAAGAAUUCAUUU